AUGCCUCCUCCGCCGCAACCUGCGCCGUCAUUAACGCGCCAAAAACUGUCCUCUUCACCAGCCUUGGAUCACCAUCACCACCAUGAUACUCUUCCCUCCAGCUCUGCUCAAACUGCUUCCUCAGCUGCUUCCUUUACCCCAGUCAUAUCAAACCCUAAACGAAAACGCCGAUUAGUUCCAGACUCGGAGCGAAAACGUAUUGCCGUCAGCUGUGACCGAUGUCGUACCCGCAAGCUCAAAUGUCAGAUACCUGCUCUUUCCACAGAUAAUAAUGCAACCGAUAAUUCAACAAAUGGAUGCUCUUCUUUUUCUACUGAGUCAGCUUGUGCUCAGUGUCUAAAGGCUGGUGUACCAUGUACUCGUACCAUGCCUCGUAAACAACGCGUCUACGGUUCUGUUGACUCGUUAUCGUCCCAUUACCAGACCCUUAUCCAUCUGCUUUCUCAUCUUUACCCAGAUCACGAUAUCAAAACUCUGGAAGGCCUCAAAUCUUUGGCUGCAAAACUGCAAAUUUCUUUACCAGACUACUUUGAUCCAGAUGCUGUCUCUCAAUCCUCCUUCUUGGCACCCCCAAUGACGGUUUCAACUGCCAAACUGGAAAAGGCUUCAUCAAAUGAACAUACAGAGUCUCUAACCGAACUGAAAAUUGAAGAUACUAAUGACACUGAGAUACCAAAACCCAAACAGCAGCAAUUGCAACAGCAACUGCAACAACAACAAAAACAACAGCAACAGCAACUUUCUCUUUCAACAUAUAAUCCUUUUUAUAAACAUUCAUCCUCUUCUCUAUUUACACCACCUCCCUCUCAGGUCUCGCCCUCGGUGGGCCCAAACCUCCAUCUCAACCCUACAGAGCUCGGCUGUGAGCGCAUCAUCUACGACCGCUCAGGAUUACCCCACUAUGUCGGAGCUAUCGGGUCCAUGGCCUUUUUCGAUGGAGUCUGCAAAAUUAUUCGAAGAUCAAAAAUGUUUUCUGGAUUUCCAUAUACCGGUGAUGAAUCCAUGGCUCCAUUUCAAUCAUCCUCUUCUUUUUCCUCUUCUUCUUCUUCUUCUUCUUCUUCUUCUCCAUCUUCAUCAUCAACCCCCAUCAAAAAUCAUCAAUUCAACGGAUCCACCCCAAACCAGCAGCUGGUCUCGCUAAAUGUGUUCCCUAACAAUAAAAAUAACUCUCAAGAACCUCAUCAUCUUACUACUUACUAUGGUAAACCAGCAUCAUCUUCAAACCAUUCCCCAAAAGACAUUUACUUCUGUACAAUCUCGUCCGCAACUUUUGCCCCAGUUCUCCAGUUUGGCAAUCACGGACCAACACCAGACCUCCCAGAACGUCUGGUCCACAUUUCAAACAAACCGCUUGCUUCCCAUGUAAACCUUAAUAUUAACCCAACUGUCAGAAAGCAACUACCCCAGCCAUCAUUGCCCUCUCAUAUUUCCUCCUCAUCAUUCCCAUCUGCCUCUCUGCCCAGCUCAACCUCCAUACCUCCUGCUUCUCAUCCACCAGCAGCUACAUCUACAAGUACCAAUGGAUUUGCUUUAAAUAAUACAACUAUGCCUCAAGGUGCUACCAUGGGCAACAAUACCCAAACCACAAACUCCUCAGCCAAACUUCAAGUUCAAGAUACUGUGUGGGACCUCGAACACAAUGGUCCGUUGCUUUCUCGUGAAGAGGCUGACAAACUAGUCAAUUCUUACUUUGAGCAUGUCCAUCCCAUCUAUACUCUUUUCAGUUUGAAGGCCUUCCGCAAACAAUACUCAGCGUGCUGGGACUCUAUUUCAUCAUCAAGAAAUACAAAAAUCUCAGUUGAUGAACUCGAUCUGACCCUUGACUGGAGGUGUGUCCUUUACAUGGUUUUUGUCAUGGGUGCACGAGCCCUUAUUCACGAUGAAAAAUCAUAUGCCCAUUACUCUACUUUUGCAAAGUACUCUGCCUUUCUUCAAAAAUCUCUCUUCUUGCUUAUUGCUACGCCUUCUAUUCAUACCAUCCAAGCUCUCAUUCUCUUCACAAUUUAUCUUUACAGCAUUAAUGAACGUAAUAUUGCGUGGCUCAUCACUGGCAUUGCCUGUCGCCUUUCCAUCGCUAUGGGUCUCCAUAGAGAAUCCACCACAAAAACUUAUGAUCGCAAUGAGAUCCAAGUUCGCAAGCUGGUCUGGUGGGCACUCUACUCUCUUGAGCUUCAUCUUUCUGCAAACUUGGGCCGGCCCAGUACCAUGCGAGAUGAAGAAAUCGACAUCUCUAUUCCAGAUCCGGAUCCAGAACUCGACCUUUACUAUCCUCCUGGAGGCUUUAAAGAAACCAUUCGUAUGGUCCAGCUUCUUAAUAUGACCAUUCAUCAACAGGCAAUCAAUAUUAGUACAAGUAGUGGCAUGUCUUACAAUGCUCAAUUGCUGCUCCAUGAAAAUAUGGAAAAAAGUAUUGCUCUGUGUCGACGUAUUAAGGACUCACUCGGCAGACUUCCUAAACACCUACGCGAACUUCAGUCAAAUGAAACCGACCUUCAUGUGCGCUCCAUUAUGAAUAUCCACAUGAACUGUCAUUACUGCAUUAGCAUUGUUGCUAGACCUUACAUUCUCUAUCUUAUUGGAUCGGACCCUUCCACAUUAACUAUCCAGCAACGUACUGACCUCAUUCUGUUGCUCAAUAUUGGCUGUGCCGCAACAACCGCCAUUGCAUCUAUUCUCAACACUCUCAACAAGCGGAAACUUGUUUCAGGGGUGGCUUACUAUGACGUUUAUCAUGGCUACUGUGCCAUCAUGGUUCUAUCCUUGGCCUCUCUUAUCAUUGCAUCCAACAAAUUCACUGCCAAGGAGCUUGCCUAUGACUUGCCCACUAUUUACAAUGCACUCAACACCAUUGUUACCAUCAUGGACAGUCUCUAUUUGGACGGCACGUCUUUGCGUCUUGCCAAAGUUUCUGCUUACAUUCUUCGCGAUCUUGGCAUUGAUUACAAGUCCAUGAACAGAAGAAAGUCUCAAGUUGCUGAGCCUGAAGAAAAACAGCAGCAAUCCGCAGAAACUGUGCCCUCGUUUGAGCCAAUUCCAGUGAGCCGAGUUGACGUUGUGGAAACUGGCCUUCCGGAAACAAACAUCAGCGUGCCUUCUUUGCCUGUUGCAUCCCCUGCACUGCCAACAAUGCCCACCGCAGCUUCGGACCAACUCCCCGUCGCAGAGUCUCUAGGACCAAUCAACUCGCUUUUCCCAGGAAUGGAUUCUCAGAAUGUUGCGGAAGCUGGUGCUGGUUCAGGUGUUUCAAACGACGCUGCAGUUGCAGUAGUAGCUGCUGCUGCCAAUGCAGCCCCUCCAGAUAGCUCUUUAUUUGACUUCCACUCUUUCUUCACGGCGGACGAUUACGAGCGCAUGUUUUCUUCGCGCGACAGCUUGAAGAACAACAAACCUGAAAGCUCGGCUACUAGUGCGAAUAAUGCAUCUGUGGCUAUGCCAUCUGCAUUCGCAGACACUGCAGACAUGUUAGCCUCGGCUUCUACACUUAUGCCGUCGCCAAUCCCUAGCAACUCUUCAGUGUCUCCGCCCAUGUCGUCGUCCUCACCAAACAUUGCGUACCUCGGUUCUAACGCCUUCACAUCCAACUCAACGUCAUCGCCAUUAUCGCUUGAUCAGCCAGAGUUAUUUGACGGUAAUUUGUUUACAGCUCAGCAACAGUCUCAGCUAUUGCAACAGCAACAGCAACAGCAACAGCAACAGCAACAGCAACAGCAACAGCAACAGCAACAGCAACAGCAACAGCAACAGCAACAGCAGCAGCAACAACAACAACAACAACAACAACAACAACAACAACAACAACAACAACAACAACCUCAGCAACAACACCCACAGAAUGUUCAAACUAGACGCAAAAAACAGCGCAAAAGUUAUUACCAACCUAAUUCUGCAUCGUUUUUAGAACAAGAAGGUGGUACUCCAGCUACUAAUACACCGUUAAAUAACCUUGCAGCACAGGCACCAAAUGCAACACUUACCCCUGACACCUCAACGGCUGAGGCUCUUACAGAACCAGGAAACUCCACACUCGACGCAGGCUUUGUUGAAGCCCUUAACACAUUUAGUUGUACCAUCGAGUCUUUUGUCAACCCCUCACGGUAUACAACCUCAUUCAAGAUUGGCGGCAAAACUGCCAAUGAUGGUUUAAGGAAACAAGUCGGAGUACCUACCGCUCCUGCUGACGUGGUUGCGGCUGCUCUCCCCUUUGAUGAGUCCGAUGUGUUCCCGCGUCAACCCCACCAGCAAAUUCUUGACGCCGAAGACGACGUUGUCGACGUUUCGACCAUAGGCCAAUCCGCACCAGCUUCUUCUUCUUCCGUUUCGGAAAAUGUUGGCCAAGAUUCUCCAGGCCAGGUUACCGAGUCAGGUCUGUCCACACGCCAAAACCAUCAGUUUGCUCAACCACCAUCCCCGUCGCCUCUUAUUUCUCACCUCCAGGCCCGCCUCGGCCUCCAGCAGCCUUACCAAUGGAUUUCCGGCGCAAACUUACUGGAGCCGUUCUACGAUAUGGAUGGUACAAGCAGCAGUGCUCGUGCUGCUGCAAAUGGAGCAAACGGACCUACUACUGCUACUGCCACUACUACAUCUGCAUCCAACGUUGCUUUGACUGCAACAGCAAACGGUAGCAAUCCACAGAUGCUGCCCACACAACAAGUCAUGCUGGGCUCAUACGAUUUCGCACUUCAGUCUACACCCAACGCGAUGGCCUCUGGUAUUGUAAAUGUGAGUGGUGGUGCGCCACAAUCCAUGGAUACGUUACCACUUUAUGGCCAAAAACAGGGUGUGGAUUCAAACACCACCAGCAAUCUCUCUGCAACAACGACAGCAGGGCUCUACGGUCUUGAUGGCGUGGUUUGUGAUGGUACUGAAGGAAUGGAAAACAACAACAACAACAACAACGGGACUGGGUCAUCCAACACAAUGUUUGCGCAUAACGGAGGCGUGGGCGUUAUUUCUAGCAUUUCUUCAUGGGCAGGAGCCCCUGAUCAUGGCAAAAAUCUCAUCAAUUAUGUGCGCCAGAAACUCAAGUAA